UCGGACUGGACGUGGAUGAGCAGGGCAGAGAGUCCGUUCCGGUGGGCGGCCUGGGGGUCGGACUGGACGUGGAUGAGCAGGGCAGAGAGUCCGUUCCGGUGGGCGGCCUGGGGGUCGGACUGGACGUGGAUGAGCAGGGCAGAGAGUCCGUUCCGGUGGGCGGCCUGGGGGUCGGACUGGACGUGGAUGAGCAGGGCAGAGAGUCCGUUCCGGUGGGCGGCCUGGGGGUCGGACUGGACGUGGAUGAGCAGGGCAGAGAGUCCGUUCCGGUGGGCGGCCCGGGGGUCGGACUGGACGUGGAUGAGCAGGGCAGAGAGUCCGUUCCGGUGGGCGGCCCGGGGGUCGGACUGGACGUGGAUGAGCAGGGCAGAGAGUCCGUUCCGGUGGGCGGCCCGGUCGAGGCUGGGCAAGCCGGAGGGUCCGUUUCGGGGGACGGCCCGAAGGCGGGACAGGCCGAGACCGGACCGGGCGGAGGGCCCGCUUCAGAGGGUGGCCUGGCGGCCGGACGGGCCAGGACUUGACAGACAGGGUGGAUCGUUCAGGGGGACGGCCCGGGGGCCGGACAGACAGGGUGGAUCGUUCAGGGGGACGGCCCGGGGGCCGGACAGACAGGCGGGACCGCUCCGGUGGGACGCUCCGAGGCCGGACAGGGCAGAGGGGCCGCUCCGGCGGACGGCUCCGAGGCCGGACAGGGCAGAGGGGCCGCUCCGGCGGACGGCUCCGAGGCCGGACAGGGCAGAGGGGCCGCUCCGGCGGACGGCUCCGAGGCCGGACAGGGCAGAGGGGCCGCUCCGGCGGACGGCUCCGAGGCCGGACAGGGCAGAGGGGCCGCUCCGGCGGACGGCUCCGAGGCCGGACAGGGCAGAGGGGCCGGGCUGGAGGCUGGACUGGGGGCGGAGCCGGGUCCGGUGGGUCCUCCGGGGGCGGAGCCGGGUCCGGUGGGUCCUCCGGGGGCGGAGCCGGGUCCGGUGGGUCCUCCGGGGGCGGAGCAGGAUGGGAAGCGCAAGGCCUCUUCAUGGACUUGGGGGAGACCCCAGAUCCCUCCAAAACCGCCGAGGCUCCAGGAAGCGGAGGCGGGGCGUCGACGGCCUCCUCAGGGAGCGGAGGCGGGGCGUCGACGGCCUCCUCAGGGAGCGGAGGCGGGGCGUCGACGGCCUCCUCAGGGAGCGGAGGCGGGGCGUCGACGGCCUCCUCAGGGAGCGGAGGCGGGGCGUCGACGGCCUCCUCAGGGAGCGGAGGCGGGGCGUCGACGGCCUCCUCAGGGAGCGGAGGCGGCGCAGGAGGGAAGGCGCAGAGCCUCCUAAGGGGCUCAGGGAAGGCUUUAUGGCCUUCUAA